AUGGCCUCUCUUCUCCUAAAAUACAUCUCGCCCCCGCAGGUGGACCUCUCGCCCGACUAUGAUGGGCUAGAAUACCGAUGGAAGGGAUUGACUUUCCGACCAGCUUUCUUCCAGCUCGAGCCGUUUCUCCUGGCAGGAGUCGUUGUGUAUGCUCUUUUAUACAUAUGGGGGAAGAGGUCGAAUGAGGCCCGGGUGACCAAAUGGUAUGAGACACACCUGCCCAUUCUUCAAGCCCAGUUCUCCAAACCGACCGCCCAGGAUCUCAUUCGAGAUGGAAACUCUGAUUGGUUCAUAUUUUCUACCGGACGUCGCGCGUUGACCUCGUUGCACACCACGUUCACCAUUCGACCGAGGCACGAUCUACUUCAGUAUCUUUUCCAGGUGGGCCGAGGCCUCAUUGAGCUCGACUACCAACCAUACGACGAGGUCGAACUCGACUUCACCUUCAGGGACAUGCCUGGCAAGGAGAACGCAGUUCCUGAUUGCGUGUGGGCAAUCGUAGCGAAGGACGAAAUCAAGGGCAUCAAGAGCAAGAGAUGGGAUUUGAGCUUUGCCAAGACGGCUGACCUGUCGAGCUUACCACCCUCGCUUACCGUCAUGUCAGAGUUCGCCGACGUCACCACCACCUUGCUCAAGCCCAUCGGCUCGCUCGACCUGCCCGCGGUCCUUUCCAACCCCUCGAUUCUGCCCUACUUCCGCUCUCUCUCGCUCACCGACCAGCCGCGCAGGCGCCCCGCGCUCCCUACGCCUGCCGCCGAGCGCACGAGGCAUCUCAUCCUUUCGCUCGCGCUCCCCCCGUCCUCGGACGCCGCUGCGACGAUUCCGCUCUUGACUGCUGCGCUCCAGCUCGUCGAUGUGAUAGCCGGCGAGGGUAAGAAUACUCUCCGUGGCGGGUUGAACACGCAACUGCGUCCGGAGACGCGAGUGAAACUCAAAAAGAAGCGUGAGGAAGUAGACAAGGAGAUCAGAGACGACGCUGCGAAGGAGAAACGCGAGGAACAAGCGGAGGAGAAGGCUGCAGCGAAGAAGAAAGCCGAGCAGGAGAAGCUGUCCAGGCUGAGUGCUGCGGAGCAGAAAAAGGCUCUGGAGCGCGAGAAGAAGCGCGCAAUGCGUAAAACACAGGGCAGAGUCAAGAUGCGGUGA